AUGGCGGAUAAUGCGCCAAUUGACAUAAUUCGAUCCCAUCAAGAUGACCUGGAUCGAGAAGCCGCAAAACAAGAGCAAAAGCUUCAUCCUCACUCAGAACCACCACUCGACGCAGAGGAAGACGAGAAAUGCAAGCGCGAUGUGCCUCCAGAUGGUGGAUAUGGCUGGGUUUGCGUCGCCUGUGUUUUUUGGAUUAAUGCGCAUACCUGGGGUAUCAACAGUGUGAGUCGAAAAUUCUUCACAUUUCAACCCUCCUUUUUUACUAACCAGCAUAUACAGAGCUACGGAGUCUUCCUGAGUUACUAUCUCUCACACAAUGUAUUCCCAAAUACAUCAGCCCUUUCCUACGCUUUUACGGGCGGAUUAAGUAUCUCCUGUGCACUUCUAGUAGCACCACUAGCCACACAUUUCAUCCACAGAUGGGGCACACGCUUCGUACUCAAUCUCGGCGUUUUCUUCGAAACGCUCUCCUUAAUCGGUUCUUCCUUCGCGACCUUGAAAUGGCACAUCUUCCUCAGCCAAGGUGUAUGUUUCGGUUGGGGUAUGGGCUUUCUCUUCGUGGGCAGCGUCGGAAUCGCCCCGCAAUGGUUCGAAAAGCGCCGCAGUGUAGCCAUGGGCAUCACAGCCGCCGGGUCUGGUCUCGGUGGUCUGAUAUACUCCCUCGCCGUGGGUGCUAUUAUCCCGCGCUAUGGCCUGGGCUGGGCAUUCCGCAUUCUGGGCAUCAUCUCCUGCGUCGUGAACUUGGUCUGCUGUAAUCUCCUCCGAGACCGCAACAAGGCGGUUGGUAGUAGGUUCACGGCCUUCCAUCUGCCUCUCCUGCGUCGUCCUGAGUUCCUGCUCUUUUUAGGAUGGGGAGUCUUCAGCAUGCUCGGUUAUGUUGCGCUACUGUUUAGCGUUGCCAAUUUCGCCCUCUCUGUUGGUCUUUCCUCACACCAGGGGAGUAUUGUCUCCGCGCUACUUAACCUCGGGCAAGGCCUUGGCCGUCCGUGUGUUGGCAUGUUUAGUGAUCGGCUGGGUCGCAUCAAUAUUGCCACUUUCCUCACCUUUCUCUGUGGCCUGUUCUGCCUGGUGAUCUGGACCUUUGCUGAUAGUAUGGGCGUGGUGUGCUUCUUUGCCGUUUUGGUUGGCACUGUUUCGGGUACGUACUGGGCUACUGUAUCCCCUGUGCUGGCGGAAAUUAUUGGUAUCAGGGACCUUCCUUCUGGUUUGAGCAUUACUUGGCUCAUGCUUGUUUCCCCAUGUACCGUCUCCGAAGCCAUUGCCCUUCAGCUCCGCAGUUCCACCACGGGUGGUGGCACUUCCUAUCUGCGUGUUCAAAUAUUUACUGGGUUCAUGUACGUUGGUGCCUCACUGUGCCUCUGGCUUGUCCGCGGUUGGAAAGUCGGCGAGGUGGAGCGUGCGCAGCGCCGUGACGCGAUUGUGCAUGCUACCCCUUUGACAAGAACUCUUGGUGAAAUGGAGAAGAAUGGCUCUCCUGUGGAUAAUCCUCGGGAUUCGGAUCCUGCUGAAACUGAUGCUCAAUUGUGGGCUCCCGUCGGUUUGAUCCGCAGAAUGGUUGCCAUGAAGCGGGUCUGA